AUGACAGGUCCAGUGCACACUAGACACGGUGCAGUGCAGGGAGUGUACAAACAGAUCUCGGGUGCCGGGAGAGUAGCAUCGUUCUUGGGCAUCCCGUACGCGUCCCCGCCUGUAGGCAGCGCUCGGUUCCAGCACGCCAAGCCCCCCUCGAACUGGGCAGGCGUGCACCGUGCAGACAAGCACGGUCCUGCGUGUCCGCAGUCCGAGGUUGCGGACACGCACCUGACGCAUGAUGUCGCUCAGCAGCAGAGUGAAGACUGUCUUUACGUCAACAUCUUCUCGCCAGAAAAGGCCAUUCAUGACCGCCAACCAUACCCAGGCUCCGACGUACGAAAAAGAAGAAGACGAGAUGGAGAGCAAAGGGAACCACAUGCUGAUGAGCAAUCCGCUCGAGAGGAAAGGCCAACGCAGUCCGGGCAAAAACACAGCCCAUCUCCUCAUCCUGUCAGAUCGACGCGAUAUAUAGGCCGAAAAAUGCCCUUAGCUUCGCCUGCUACGAAGGAUCCAGUCGAUGAGCGAACAAAAUCGGUCGAGUUGAUCGGAGAAAAAAGUGCAACGAUUUCCGAUGUUCAGAGAAUUUUCACCGAUACACUCAAGGAGGAAAGAUUAGAGCAAUUCAUUGAGAAGAAAGCGCCCUUAAACAUAAAAGUAAUGCCACAAAUGCCGGCUAAUGGAACCAAGCAUGAAGUUUUGGGCUCAGCUGGCAAAGAAUUUUCAAGGAAAAAAGGAGACGUCUAUCCGGCGGGUGCAAUUUAUAGGGACGUUAAAAAACCGGUACCGCUAGGAAACGAGCUAAUUGAAGUCAGUUCCACCCAAGGGCAUGUAAAGAGAGACGGUCAUUCUUUAGACUACAGAGCAAAGAAUCGAAAAACUAUACUAAAAAAUAACACCAAUGUCUGGCUGAAAAGAGAUCUAGGAUCCAUCGGGCUACUGGACACAUCAAAAAUCAAUGUUUCGCCUUCGGAAUAUAAAUUUAUCGUUCCACGGCAUGAGAUAAAACGAUGUUGCACAACAAAUGAGGUCGCAAAACUUGAAAGCCUACGCGGGCGAGAGCGCAAAAUAGAAAGCUCUGAGUAUCGGAAGAGAUCUGGCGAAUCUGUUAAGAUAAACGCCUUCCUUUCGGCUCCUGACAAACACGAUGUCUUCGAACGCUUGAGAGACCGAGCGUUCAGACCAGGAUACGGAUCUCGGAAGUUCUUAGGUCAAGAUUCCCAUUUGUGGACCUCUUUGCCUUCAUAUUUCAGAGGGAAACUUUGCCGAGUUUGUCAUGACACGAGAAGUACGAUCUCUGGAAGCUCCACACUAGUGCGGACUGAACGACAAACAGACCGGAAGCCAUUAUCACAGCUGACAGAUUCCGAAAAGAGUUUCCGUCAUAUGAACGCUCCGAAACCGAUUGCUGCAACCUCCCAAACAAGCGGCCAGAAUUCUGUUAUCGGGUUGCUUCAACUCAAGGAAGAAACGUCAUCAGUAAAUGCUACGUCACCUCGAGCAACAAAACAAAUUAUUGGGCUGCAGCAGCAUAAAGAAGCCCAUGAAACCUCAUCACACAACAGCAGGACUUCCUCACCCACGAGGGAAGCAUUAACACCGACCGUUGGUUCUCAAAAUAAAACCAAUCUGUACCAUGAUUUUAGUCAUAACAUCCAUGAUCCUGCAAUGAGGAGCAGAAGGACGAGCAAGACAACACCAGUUAUUGAUUCUCGAAAUAAAACCAAUAUGCCCCAUGAAUUUGCUCGCACCCUCUAUGAGCGUGGCGGUGGCUCACUAUUGAGGAGCAGAAGGACGAGCAAGACAACACUAGUUAUUGAUUCUCGAAAUACAACCAAUCAGCCCCAUGAAUCCGCUCACACCACCCAUGAGCAUGGCGGUGAGUCACUAUUGAGGAGCAGAAGGACGAGCAAGAAGCUGCUGAGCGUGCUGGUGAUCGUGCCUGGCAUGAGCUACUCGGGCGGGUCUGCUCAGCGAUACGACGCUUCGGCCCUCGCCGCUCUUGGCCAUCUCGUCGUGGUCACGUUUAACUACAGGCUCGGCACUCUAGGAUUUCUCAACGCAGGCGUAAACAUGACGUCCGGCAGGGGCGCGAACUACGGCAUGACAGACCAGCUGGCGGCGCUGCGUUGGGUGCAGGACAACAUCAUGGCGUUCGGGGGCAACCCACGUAAGGUGACGCUACUGGGACACGGCAUGUCUGCGGCCUGCGUACACCUCCUGAUGGCGUACACUGCAUCUACUGAUAAAGCUUCGCACGGUAACAUUUCUGUCAACAAACUACAUACUGAUUCUCGAAUUACUUGAAAAUUUUAAUUCUAUUAUCUAAAUCUUAAGUGGUGUCAUUACGAGA